CCCCCACGCACAAUCCCACGCCUUUCCUCCUCCGUGGUAAAUCGGCGUGUGGGAGACACCUGUGCCGCUAGCAUCAUCCAUCCCUGGCGCGAGCACGGAGGCGGUGUCGUGCGCGCUCCCGAGGCUAGCGAGAGUGCACCAGUGCAGAGAGGAGGUAGACACCCUGCGCUGCAUUUUACUUGUCGUUUUAUGUAUUUUUCUUCACAAUCUCGGACGUCUACCUCAGCGACCAGUGGGCUAAUCGGAUGCGGGUGCGGUGCCAUGUCUGCGACAUGUUCGGGGAUCCAGAGGAGCUGCUGGCUUAGACCGGCAGAGGACACCCGCAGCAGGCUGCGUGUGGUGGCAGAACAACAGCAUCAUGGAGGCUGGCUGCGUGGUUGCCGCGGUGAUUGAGAAUGCUACCUCAGGACCCCAGGGGGAGGCAGGACAUGGUCACGUCCUUGAGGGAGACGUGGCACCAUUCAGUCAGCUGAACAAAGACGAUGUUGUACCUCAAGCUACCAGCAGCAGUCCUGCAGACGAGUGGCAACCACAGGACAUGCGGGUCAGGAGCGAUGACGUCACAGAGCGCCCGGCCGAGCACCUACUGCGGUCCUGCCCCAGCACGGCGAGCAUGAAGGUCAAGAACAUGAAGAAGCUGACGUUCCCCAGAGGUCACUUCCCCCGCCUGGAAGAGUGCGCCCAUUUCCACUAUGAAACUGUUGACUUUGGGAACGUUGAGUUGGCCUUUGCAGAGGGGCAGAGCGAAGGACCAAAGGCGGGCCAAGACUCCAAAGAACUACUCUUUCUUGUCCAGAUCACCUGCCAGGCUCGGAACUGGCUGGUGAAGAGAUCCUACGAGGACUUCCGUGUGCUGGACAAACAUCUCCACUUGUGCAUCUAUGACCGCCGCUACUCGCAACUGACCGAGCUGCCAAAAUACGAGCCAGUGAAGGACACAGCUGAGUCAGUAACCAAGAUGUUGGCCACCUACCUGACCCGCUUCUCUGCCAUCGCUGACAACAAGAUCAACUGCGGUCCAGUUUUAACAUGGAUGGAGAUCGACAACAAGGGAAACCAUCUUCUGGUAUCUGAGGAGGCUUCCAUCAACGUCCCUGCGAUCGCUGCCGCCCAUGUGACUAAACGCUACACAGCUCAGGCCACCGACGAGUUGACCUUUGAGGUGGGGGACAUUGUGUCUGUCAUCGAUAUGCCUCCCAAAGAGGACACUGGCUGGUGGAGAGGCAAACACGGCUUUCAGGUUGGUUUCUUCCCAUGUGACUGUGUCGAGCUGAUAAACGACAAGAUCCCUCCCAGCGUUCAGAGCUCGGUGUCUAAGCCAGUGUGUAAGAAGCACGGCAAGCUGGUUACCUUCCUGAGGUCCUUCAUGAAGUCCAGACCGCCACCACAGAAGCUACGCCAGCGUGGGAUCCUCAGGGAGCGUGUGUUCGGCUGCGAUCUGGGUGAACACCUCCACAACUCGGAACAUGAAGUACCCCAAGUCGUUCAGAGCUGUGCUGAGUUCAUCGAAAAACGUGGCGUUGUGGAUGGAAUCUACAGGCUGUCAGGGAUCUCGUCCAACAUCCAGAAACUCAGACACGAGUUUGACUCGGAGCAGAUUCCCGACCUAAGCCGAGACGUCUUUAGACAGGACAUCCAUUCUGUGGGCUCCCUUUGUAAGCUGUACUUCCGAGAGCUGCCCAACCCCCUGCUCACCUACCAGCUGUACGACAAAUUCUCAGAGGCUGUGUCUGCUGCCACGGAUGAAGAGAGGCUGGUUAAAAUCCACAACGUCAUCCAGCAGCUGCCUCCUCCACAUUAUAGGACGCUGGAGUACCUCAUGAGACACCUAUCCCGCCUGGCCACAUUUAGCUCGGUCACCAACAUGCACACGAAAAAUCUGGCCAUCGUCUGGGCACCAAAUCUGCUCAGGUCCAAACAAAUCGAAUCGGCAUGUUUCAGUGGAACGGCGGCCUUCAUGGAGGUGCGCAUCCAGUCUGUCGUGGUCGAGUUCAUCCUCAACAACACAGAGGCUCUCUUCAGCUCCAAACUCAACGCCAUCAUACGGGAAAGCACUGGUAACAGCACCUUAUCCAGACCCAAGUCUCUGCUGGUCUGCUCCCCAUCCACAAAGUUACUGUCCCUGGAGGAGGCCCAAGCACGCAGCCAGGCCCAGCUGAGCUCACCCACCACCACCCCCUGCCUCAGCCACAGCGACUACAUCGAGGUGGGGGAGGGACCCGGAGCACUGCUGGGCAAGUUCCAUACAGUCAUUGAGCUCCCACUGGAGAGUGCCAAACGGGCUCCCUCCAAGGCCAAGAGGUCUCCUGUGGGGAACUGGCUUUCCUUCUUCCACUUGGGCAAGUCCAACUCUGUGUCCAAGCGUAAGCUGAAGCGACAUCCCAGUGAGCCCAACGAGAUCAAGAGCAUCGCGCUGCCAGGUGGCAGAGGUGACAGCGGUACAUUGCGCUCUGCUAAGAGUGAAGAAUCUCUCACCUCCUUGCACGCCCUGGAAGGAGAACCUCCAAACUACCAGCACCUCGGCCCUCGUUCCGCUGGUGAGGCCGUGUCUGCAUCGACUCGAGAAGACUUGAUCAGGAGCCAAAGACAACUUCCCUUCAGUCAGCACGUUGCAGACGGUAUCCCCACUUCGGUUUCACCCCCAAACCAAGAGGAGGACAUUGACCUCUAUCCUCCAGCUGCUGGCAUCUCCACCCUGGACUUUGACCCCAUGUCCUUCAAGUUCAGCCUGGCCUCCCCGACUCCUCAACCGCAACGCAACAAGGAAGGACAGAAAUUGAGGAAGAGCGCCGGGUACUCCAGUGAAUCGGAUGCUAUCACCUCUCCAAACAACAUCAGCAGCCCUCUCUCUCCAGAGUUUAGCCCCACUCUUAGAAAAGUAGGGGUGUCUGAUGGGCCUAUGGCGGAUGGGCACGAUUCCAGAGCUCCACACCGACAUUGCAGCGCAGCGAGCCAAGCAUCAGCACCAACGGAGUCCACACAGAACUUGCCUGAUCCAGGAACAGAUAGACUUAUGAGUUCAGUGUCUAUUCUCCCUCCUCACCCUUCCCCGACGAGUGCUGCACGCAAGUUGGCUUUGGCUCUGGCCGAGUCGGCCCACAAGGCCAGCCGCGGCUCCCAGAGAUCAAGAAGUCACCGGGCUCACCCUCUCCAAAGACAGGAAGCCCAGGACCGACCCCCCCGGCCCUCUGCCCUAGAGCUCAACGUCUACCCGCAGAAGUGGAUGCUGGAGGAGAACCCGAAUCCGGUCCAAUUCCUGCCCGCUCACGUCUACUCGCAGCCGAUGCCGCUUGUUGAAGGACCGGACAGCUCGUCUAACUUCACUCCUAAUGUCAGCCCGCUCGGGUCAGGGAGCCUGGACGAGGGCAGUGCGGGCAGGAGGGGCUCCAGACCAGGGGACGUCACACCGGAGGAACCCACCUACCACAGUGUUGGCGUCUCAACGCCUACUGAGCCCCUCUGCUCCAUCCACAGCCCCCUGACCUCCCCCAUAUAUGCCAACGCGGACACCAUUGAUGUUUUCAAUUUCCGCGCCAUUCUGGCCGAGACCUCCAUGCCUGCCUCUAUCGAUGAAGUCCUUCCACGUCCGUUCCAGUCUGCGUCACCCCUUCGUUACAACUACAGAGCCCAAGUCCAGCAUGACGACGUCUAUCACAACCUCAACCGUCAGCAUCCUCAACCUGGAAGAAUACUGCAGUAUCCUCGAGCCAUGGCUUUGCCCCAUCACCUCAUGUACAGGCAGUCCUCAGAGAACCGCUACAGCUCUUCGGGCUUAAGACACCCCUUGUCACCUCAGUACAGACGCUACCAGCGAGGUGAGCACCUUCUGGGUGCCAGACAGCGACAACAAAGCCCCUGGCAGAGGUCGGAUGAUGGACUCGCCCUGCACCCUGCCAUCAGGAGGGCUCGCUCCUUCCACGCCCCGCAGAUUAGUCGCCAUGACUUCCCCACCAGUGACCUCACGCCUACUGACACCAUGUUUCAUUCUGGACAGGGCGUGCCCUAUCAGAGGCUGCUUCAGUUCGAGGACGUGCAGGUCCUCCAUAAUAACCCAUACUCGGACCUGCGUUAUCCCGCGGAUCCCUUCCAACGCAACAGUCAGCCUUGCAGGGCGCGUUCCACGAAGGAAAGAACGUCGUCCGACUUCUACCACUACUCUCCUCGCCUUGGCCACCCCCAAGACAAGGCGGUCUACAUGGACUCAGAAAGAUUUUCUUGUCAGAAGCACGAGAAUGAAAGUGGGCGUAAAAACCUGUGCUCGCCACAAUCUCCCUACAACAGCCCCGUCUCGCCGACUGACUCGAUGGGACGGGAGAUAAAGCACAUCAGGAGUAAGUCGGAUCCUGGAAACGGGAUGCUCUCCUCAGACAGAAGGGAAAACCAAGCAGCUGCAAAAUCCAUAUCGCAAGGGUCCCACCUGACGGAGCAUGAAAUCGCUCGACAGUCAGCAAAACCUGGCCCGGCCCGUCGCGUCGUCAAAGACGGCACCGUGCAGCAGGCGCCGCUUCGCAAAAUCCCCUCAUUUCCCGAGAGGAGCCACGCUAACCCGACCAAGCGGGGCGACAGUGGCCCGAAACGAGGCCACAAGGCAGACCGGGUAGAGAUGCCCGGCGGCGGCGGCGGCUACCGGGCAUCGAUGAGAGGUGACCUCCUCAGGAGGCCCGAGCGCUCGCAGAGCACCAGAGAGAGUCGCCACCAUUAUGCCAAAUCGCCGCCGGAUGCUGAGCACGCUGGAUCCUUUUCCACUCAGCUCAACAGAAGGACUCAGAGCACUAAAGCCAGGCCCACACAAUAUGACCACAUGCCGGGGGGGCACUACGCCGCUCCCAGGCCUAAACCCACAAGAGCCAGUAAAGCCGGGUCAGGAUUUUGGCCGGGCCAGGACGGCGUGGCUUCCCACGGACACGGACUGCUGUCCAAGGCUCUGGCUCAGGAAGCUUUUUAUCACUCUCCAGUCCGAACACAAGCUGGAGUCCACGAGUGACCACCAGUGGUUUAUUUUCAAGUGUAUCCACCCCGGGGCCAAAGGACAAGAGCACUUUAUCCUCUGCCAGACCAUCAGACUGUUUCACUCAAAGUCUUUAUUGUAACCUUCAGGAGCUGCUAAAAGUUGCCGUCGGUCGUGUCGCCUUCACGAAUGAUUCUUUCGUUUUUAUGGAAUCUAGAAAAAUCACAAGGGAAGACAAGGUAGACUUUUAUUAUUGUUGAUGUUAAAGUAUGCUAAAGAAUGUGACUGGACUAAAGUCAGAUUGAGAUGCUGUAGUACUGUAUGUUUUGUAUGACUGCUAGCAAGUGGCCAAUGUACUGUACUGUACUUCUAACGUACUUCUUCCCCGCUUUUCAUUGCAGUCUGAACGCACUUUUGACCGAGUCUUAAUGAUGAAUAUUCCUGAUACAGUAUAAACACUUUAUAUUUUUCUGUGUGAAUCUGCUUGCUGGCUGGGAAUUGUUUUGAAAAGUAAAAAAAAAAAAAAAGCACUUUUUAAGGAGUGAAACGGGAAUCAACCUCAUAGUUGGAAUGGCUGACUUCGCUUUCAGUACACAUUUUAAAAUGCAAUCAAAUGAUUUGCGUUAAAAGUACUUUUAUAUUUUCCUUACGCAGCUCGCCCUGUGAGAAGAGUAUAUUUUGUACGCUGAUGUUGUUUUGUCAAAAAAAAAGUCAUUUCUUCUUUUUAGGGAGCAAUGUGGUGUUUGACAGAUAUGAUUAUAAUCUUUUACUCUUUAAGUUGUAACCGUACAUUCAUUUAGUGGUCGUCUUACAGAGAAUAAAUAUUAAUAUUAUUCUCCUUUUGGUCAGCUUGUUUAUUUAUAUGUUUCCCUGCCUCCUAGGUUGGGUGUUAUUUCAACAGACAGUAUUCAUUUUUACAUAGAAAGGCCUUCUAUGGUGAAAAGUAGACUUUUUAAUAUGUAAUAGAGAGUAAUCCAUACGUGUGCCUGGAGUCUGUCAUGAAGGAAGGACGUCCUUAUCAAGCUGGUACACCUCGACUCGCCCCA